AUGAGUGAUGGUGGAACUAUUUCUGUUGAUUGGGCUUAUCCAACUGAAGAGAAUAAUCUCAAUCAAACAGAAACAAAGGUUUGCAUGAUAUUUCCUGGAUUGAGUGGAGAUAGUAGCAAAGGGUAUGUGAAAUGCUUAGUAAAGCAUCUUUCUUAGGAAAAAGGCUAUAUUGUCGGAGUUUUCCAUAAUAGAGGUAUUAUUAACGAAUAUACAUCACCUCAUUUUUCUGACAUCACUAGCUCUGAAGAAUUAGAUAUUGCAAUUAAGCAUAUGAUAUAGAAAUUUUCUGACAAGCCAAAUCCUAGAUUUGUAGGUGUCGGUAUGUCAAUGGGAGCUAAUCUUAUGCUAAAAAUAGCAGGAGAAUAGUAAGAAAAUUUCCCAUUAGAAGCUAUGGUUUCUCUCAAUAAUCCCUUUGAUGUUUGGCUCGCAAUCAAUCUUAUGAGAGGUACACCUUAUGAAAAAUUUCUAUCAAUAGAAUUGAGAAAAAAUACCAUAAUGAAGUAGGGUGCCUCUGAAUAGGAAAAGGAAGUUUUCAGACAAAUGGAAAAGUUAUAUAAUUUGGACUUUGAAAAAUUAAAAAAUAUUGAAUCUUGGAGGGAUCUUGAUACUUAUUUAACAACUAAAGUACAUACUUAAUUUAAAACAGUAGCAUAAUACUAUCAUGCAGCAUCUUGCUUUAAUGUGAUUUAGGGAGUAAAAAGGCCUACUUUAGUUAUACACUCUAAAGACGAUCCUAUUAUACCAAUAGAAUGCUUACCAGUAGAUGAGUGUCUAGCAAAUGAUAAGAUGAUAAUCGGGAUAGUUAAAAAAGGUGGCCAUGUAUGCUACUUUUAGGGGUUAAAGGGUUAAAAACGUUGGUAUCCUAUGGUAAGCGGUGAGUAUCUUGAUGCAGUUCUUAGCCUAAAAAAUUAAGCUUAAAAUGAAUCACAAGGAAUUUCAUUUAAUCGUCAAGUAGUCAUUUGA